AUGACGAAAAAUUAUCAACGAUCUAUAUCAUUAUUAACCCAAUGUUUUCGUUCUAAUAAAACGAUAGCAUCUGCUAGUAAUAGUAAUAUAACAACAAUUACAACAUUAUCUAAUACAUGUCCUUUAUCAUUAAUAAUAGAAACUAUUCAUAAUAUUGAUAAAAUGGUUCAAACAACAGAUAUUAUUUUUGAUAAAGAAAAAGGUGAUUCAAAACGAACAAUCGAUAUUAAACAGAUCGAAGAAAUGUUUAUCAAAUGGACUCAUAUUGCUCAUUUUCUUGUUGAUACUUAUCAACAAAUACAAACUUUUAAUGAAAAAUCUUAG